AUGUACAACCAAAUCAGAGAUGAGAAUCCACAAGACUUUGUCAACUACCCUGCAGAUAUGUUGCUGUACUAUGAUUAUGCCAACGUCCAACAAGCCAACUGCAGAGAGUAUUUCAAUCAAACAGGGCACGCAGACUUCAGCAUCUUUUCCACAACACUGGACGGAAGAAAGGCUAUUUUGCUGAAUGGCGCUAGAAACUGCCUAGGCAUUACAGGAACUGCUAUCAAUAAAAAUGAUUUGGACAUUCUGGGCAAUAUGUGCUGCACGUUGGACCAAGACUACAUUCAGAACUCUGACCCUGAGAUUCUCGAGAAAAUGAAAAACUGCAAUGAUUUUUCGAGCGCACAGGUUACCGCCAUGGAAAGCGUUCUCCUCGGAGGAACAACUAAAUACGGCCCUCCAGACAGAUGGAACGAUAUCACUCUCAACAAUCUUGGAACUCUACCGCUUUACUUCUCUGGGAACUUCUGGGGACGAUUCAGUCGGAAAGUGCUCUGGCUGUAUGAUCUGAAAAUAACAUGUUUUGUUAUAUCUGUUUUUAAAGCGAGCGACUGCACUGUGGGGAACAUCACCCGCAUCACCAUCGGGGACGACGCGUUUCCAUUCGGCUACGACGCCUCUCAGUUCAGGCACUGCCUGAGUGCUGAGGUAGUGAAGAACAACCUGGCGGACCUGACCGAGAAAGUUGAUGAUGAUGAAUUUCAUCGAGUCAUUUUGGACAAACUAAAGGAGGCAUAUCCUGCUGGCCUAUCGGAUGAGCAGGUGCGGUUGCUAGGGCCAGUAUCUCGGGUGGCAACAGUAGAUGAGAUUAGUAAGUGGAACGUCUCCAGUCUGGACACACUGGCUGCAUUAAUGGAUUCAAACGACGGAACUUGGGAUGCGGACAAGAGCAAAGCUAUUGUGACCAAAUAUUUGAGUGGGCCAAACAACACCCUGGGUGCAACUGAACUGAACUUUAUUGGAGGACCAAAUCUGUGCUCACUGGAUGUGGAUGCACUGAAUGGCAUAAGCACUGAGAGCAUCAGAGAUGCAAAUGCUUUAGACGUGAGCAACUGUUCCUCUGUCCAGAAGAGGGCGCUCUUCGACAUAGCCAACAGAGCAUUCCCCAUUUCCUUCACAAAUCGCAACAGUGCCACCUAUAGCUAUCAGCUCGUCCAGCCUUACCUGGGGCAGCUCCAGUCAGAACUCGACACACUAGGCCUGAAUCUAACCGGAGGACGAGUAGAUGUAACUGUUGCACCUGCUACCAACACAAAUACAACCAUUGCCAAUUCAACUGUUGCCAGUACCACCUCAAGCGCUCCUGCAGUACUUUUAGAUUUCAGAAGAGGCGUAAGAUCAACUCUGCUGCUCGUAUUGACAGCCAUUGCUGCACAGAUGCUGCAGCUAAACACGUACUAA